UCUGUAGCUAUGGAGAGAGGCUCCCCAGGAGCACGAGCCAGAGAGAGAGAGAGAGAGAGUGAGAGCAGGGACGAGCGAGGAGCUAGGAGAACGGAUCCGGGAGUGCCGAGGCGCACAGACACACAGGAAUCAUGGAGAAAAGAUUACCGCUCAGGAGGACUUUGCCAUCUAACGGACUGCGACUUUUAAUAUCCCUCCUCACCGUAUACGGACUUACCGCAGGUGUGAGCAGUAACCAGGUAGUUGUUCCUGAAAAAGUGAAUGCAGUGCUGGGAAAGAACAUCACACUGGGCUGCCGAAUAGAAGUGGGUCCCAGCCUCAGCUUCACGCAGAGCUCCUGGGAGCGUCGUCUUCCUUCAGGCACUAUUACCCUGGCGGUAUUUAAUCCCGAGUUUGGAACCUCAUAUUCUUCACAAUAUGAAAAACGUAUCUCAUUUGUUUCCCCUUCAAUACGAGAUGCCACCAUUACCCUUGAAGGAGUUGACUUUACGGAUAUCGGGUCCUACACCUGCAAAGUGGCUACAUUUCCUUUGGGCAAUACACAGGCAUCCACCCAUGUUAAUGUUUUAGUGGAGCCAAAAGUGUACGUGUCCGCAGGCCCCACAGCUCUGCUGGACGGUGGCAAUGAGUCACUGGUGGCCACCUGCAUUGCAGAGCGUGGUCUUCCUGAAGCCGAGGUUUUCUGGGAGACGGAGCUGUACGGGCGAUCUGAGAAGCAGAGUCAGAAUGAGGCAAACGGCAUCACCACCGUACAUGUGCGCUACAUGUGGCAGCCACGGAGCUCCGCCCAGGGGAAGACACUCACCUGUGUGGUGAGACACCCAGCCCUGCAGACAGAGUUUCGUAUACCCUACAUGCUAAAUGUCCAGUUUGCACCAGCGGUAUCCAUCAUGGGAAUUAGCAAAAAUUGGUACGCUGGCCAAGCAAAUGUGAAAUUAAACUGUGAAGCCAAGGCCAACCCAGCUGCGCGUCAGUUCACAUGGACCAGGUUGGAUGGCUUGAUGCCUGAGGGUGUUGAGAUCUCAAACAAUAGCCUUGCUUUCACUCGGCCAUUGGAGCGCAAUGAUUCUGGAGUCUAUCACUGCGAAGUGACGAAUGACAUCGGUACCAGCAGUCAGGUUGUGAACAUCUGGGUACAAGAUCCUCCCCCCACCACCGCAGCCGCCAGCACCACUGCCUCUGUCCUCCACGACACCCCUGGAACCGGCACUGCUGUGGACCGGCGGAGAGCCCCGUUCACCUCCCCCACCUUGGCGUCCUUACACGACAGCAGCCUGGGUACUAUAGUUGGUGGGGCAGUGGGAGGAGUUCUCUUCCUGAUCCUCUUGCUGAUCCUUGGCGGGGCUUGCUAUAUGCACCAACGUCGAACCUUCAGAGGGGACUACUACACCAAACAGUAUUUGGGACCCUCCGACAUGCAGAAGGAAUCUCAGCUGGACGUGCUGCAGCCGCACGAGCUGCAAGAGGUCUACGGGGACAAAACGAGCAAAGGUAGCCAGGAUCUGAAACCCAAAUUGGGUGGGGAUAUCAUUUACCCCGACUACACACCUGAGCGCAAAGACAGGGACGACUGGGUCGACAGGGGAGAUGCCAACAGGGGUUUCAAGGAGGGAAACUACUACCCAGAUCACUACAACAGCCAAAACAUGCACCCCUGCGGGCCUCCUGUGCACAGCCCCAUAGUCAACAACGGCUCCCCCUAUCUCCCGGAGGACUGCUAUGACAAUGGUACAGACAGCGACUACGUGUCCCACAUGGACGGAUCUGUGAUUUCACGCAGGGAGUGGUAUGUUUGAAGAAACAAGUAAAUGGAGGGGGAGAAAUGGACAGCUGACUGAGAAUAAUUUGACAAAUGACAGAUUUAAAUAUCAUUAAAAGCUGUGUCAUUUCAGUUAAA